AUGCAUACAGCCCUCCUCAUCGCUUCGCUUCUGUUCCAAGCAACGUUCACCACCUCCGCAGCCCGCGGACCCCGCCUAAACCCCCUCCAAGGCGCCGGCUCCAUCGCCAACUUCGGGAGCAAGCUAAGCAACAACCGCAAACCCACAUCCAUCUCAGCGCCAUCUCUCAGCAUCCCCUCCGGCUCGUCACCCAUCACACCGCCGCCCCAAACCGCAGCCUCCUCCAUCCUCGCCGCACCAUCCUCGGCCUGGGAUCCCGCAGGCAAGGACCUCGCGGAAGAGCUGUCCGAUCUUUUCCUCGGCAGCGACUCCUCCUCCUCCUCCUCAUCCUCUUCCGCGGCCGCAUCAUCAGGCGCCAACACGGCAUCCUGCGACGACCUCUGCACCACCUGCGCCUCCGCCCUCGAAACCUUCUCCCUCUGCGCCAGCGUCAGCGGCGACGCGUUCGUCUCCGGCGACGCUGACGAGGUCGCGACGUGCCUGUGCAACGACUGGAUCGCCGACGUGCAGACGUAUUCGUGGGUCGGCCCGCAGUUCGACGCGCCGUAUGCGUCGUGCGUGCAGCACGUGCGGACGGAGGCGGGGGUGGCUAGUGAUGUCGUGAGUUCCUGGUCGGCGAUGGAUGGGUUUUGUUCGAAGGUGUCGGCGUCGUGGUGGGCGCAGCGCGCGAUGAUGCAGACGACGAUGCCGGUGGAGACGGCGGGGUCGACGACGAUGGCGCCGACGAGUAAGGGGAGUGGGGGGUUGGAGGUUGAGGGUGCGCUUCUUUGGGCGGCGGUCUCGAUCGCCCUGAUCUGGCCAGUCUUAUACAAUUUCUAG